CUAGGACCGACAACUCGGAGAGCUCCUUGUGUGUACUCAUGCAUGGCUCUCGGGUAAACGUAAAUAAAGGUUUUGUUAGAGUCAGCGAUCCUUGACGACAGUGAACUGUGACUGGCGGCUACCAACAGACAAUAGCAUGCCGGAGGGACAGGUGACCCCCCACCCCUACUACCCGCGGAACCUCUCCCUCCCAGGGUACAGGCCUAACCGUGUCCCACUCACAGAGCUCCUGGGACUGUUUUUCGGCCUGGUCGCUAUAGCGCUGAUCAGCACGUGGAUCCUAGCGGGGCGGUUUAACAAGCGAGGAGCGGAUCGCGUUGUUAUAUGUUGGUUCGUGGUGUGUGGAUUUAUUCACUCUGUACUGGAGGGUUACUUCGCCGCAAACCAUGAAACGAUCAUCGGGGGCGGAUCCUACUUAGCCGAAAUGUGGAAGGAAUACGGGCGAGGAGACAGUCGAUAUCUGACGUCUGACUCAUUCACGGUCUGCAUGGAAACCAUUACAGCCGUGGUAGACGGUCCUCUCAGCUUUGCGGCGGCCAUUGCUCACCUGACCGGAAGUCGUCAUCGAUACCCCCUACAGCUGAUUGUCUCCCUUUGUCAGCUUUACGGAGACACGCUCUAUAUGUGUAUAGAGUGGAAGGAAGGCUUUGUACACGGGGAGUACGGGCACCCACUCACGUUCUGGUUUUAUUUUGUAUUCCUGAAUUUAUUUUGGAUAUUUGUACCAUUGAUAUUGAUAAUACAAGCCUAUGUAGCCCUAUCGGCGAGUCCAUCUGGAGAUUUACACAAAACUAAAAAGAAAAAAUAAAUGAAGUGUGAUUCAUCAAAACCAUUGUAUUUUUAAAAUUUUGAGAGAGAGAGAGAGAGAGAGAGAGAGAGAGAGAGAGAGAGAGAGAGAGAGAGAGAGAGAGAGAGAGUUUACCGGUAAUUUGAUGUUUGCAAUAUUAUUUAUAUUUUGAAACGAAACCCUGAUACAUUUAAUUGUUUUGCACGUGAAUAUACCUCUCAAUUUAAGUAAUGGCAUUUUAGUCGGAGGAUUUCGAAAAAAAAUGUUAUAAGUCUUCAUUUGUUUGUAGAAUUUAAGAAAAAAAAUAUGUACGAUUCCAAGCAAUAAAAUAAAAUAAAUGAAUAAAAUCUUUGUCAAAGAAACCAGAAACAUUGCUGCACAUUUAAAAAUAUGUUUAUUGUGAAAUUGUACGCUGCAGUACAUGUACUUAAUCGUGAUUAAAGAAGUGUUACAAAUUAUUAUAUUGUUGAUACAUUGUGUUAUAGCACUAAAUGUCACCUAUGUAAAUAAAAAAUUCUAAAUUGAA